AUGGCGCUUCCUCCUAUCGUCACUGCAACUUUACAGUCAGCCGCCCUCAGCGGCACUUCGAACAUACUGGCCCAGGUCCUGACGGCCUACCAGACCGAUCAACAACUUGUCAUCGACUGGGUCCCCGUCUUCCAGUUCAUCAUCUUCACCAUCCUCAGCACGCCGCCAAAUUUCUUGUGGCAAGGCUUCCUCGAAGAAAGCUUUCCAGCCUACCACAUCUCACCCACCAAGAAGGCCAUCGCCUCGGCCGCAGCCAACAAUGAGAAGGAGCUCGACCGUGAGGCGCGCGAGGACCAGCUCGUGGAGCCGAAGCUGAAUAUCCGCAACACGCUCAUCAAGCUAUUCCUCGACCAGACCGUUGGCGCCGCCCUCAACACCCUCGCCUUCAGCAUGUUCAUGCAUAGCAUCAAGAUCGCCAUGAUCCGCCCGGAGCACCUCGCGGCCGCGCAGCACUCGGGCACUUUCCUGUUCUCGCGCGGUGCCAUCGACUACAGCAACGUCGACUGGCGGUCCGUUGUCCACAAGAGCCAGCUCGAGUUCGUGCCCAUCUUCAUCGCAGGUCUGAAGCUGUGGCCUGUGGUCAGCCUGGUCAACUUUGCUUUCAUCAAGAGCAUCGAGGGCAGAAACUUGGUUGGUUCCCUCGCAGGUGUUGCUUGGGGUAUUUACAUGAGUCUGGUUGCUGCUAGAUAA